AUGACAGCGCUUAAAAUAAAAUUUGGUCGAACAGCGGUGCACACCCCCACCACAACCAAACCGUUUGAGGUCGAGUUCGCUAACAUCCGCGGACUCCAUGCAAACCUCAAUGCCGUCCACCACCAUCUUGAGACGGCACGGCCAGCAAUGAUGUUUUUGACGGAUGUUUGUUGUCGGCGUCUGCGCUGUCUGGAGGACCCUUCCUUUUCCCUCCUUGUGGUACACGUCGACUUGGGCUCUCAUAGCCGUGUCUAUGUUUGCGUCUACCGAUCCCAUAAUGGCGACAUGGAGACAACUCGACUUAUGGACCAUCUUAGUCGGGUAGCAGAUGAUGCGCAGGAGCGGUUUCCAUUGGCGGAAUUGGUGUUUUUGGGGGACUUCAAUGCUCACCACGAGUUGUGGUUAAGUUCCUCCAAAACUGACCAUGCUGGUAGAACUGCCCAUGCAUUCGCCCUCACGCACGACCUGACUCAACUGGUGAACCAGCCCACCAGGAUCCCAGAUAUAGUCGGUCACGCGCCCUCUUUGUUGGACCUUCUGCUGACGAAUCGUCCAGCUGGUUACCGAGUGGAGGUUCGAGCUCCUUUAGGAUCUUCUGAUCACUGCUUGGUAUCCAGUAAAGUGCCUCUGGACCCGCUACCGCCUUCCGCGGUAUCGAAACGCCGGAUUUGGCACCACUCGUCGGCAGAUUGGGAUGGUAUGCGGGAUUAUUUCGCAUCCGUUCCUUGGGGGCAGCGCUGCUUCAGUGGGAAGGACCCAACAGCUAGUGCGGCUGCAGUUGCUGAUGAGAUAGUUUUAGGGAUGGAAUACUACAUUCCAAAUUCCUAUCUCAUCGGCAAAGGCAGACGCAACCGAUGGUUCAACCGCGAGUGUGCCAGUGCUGCUGAUAAAAGGCAAGAGGCAUAUCGCGCUUGGAUCAAAGGUAUAGCACUUGGAGAUCCCGAAACCCACUCGCUGAAAGCAGCCUACAAUAAUGCCACCAAGUCCUGCAAAAGGGCUUACAUUAGAGCGGAUGCCCAGCGCGUUGCUCGGGUCGGCCAAGAACUACUGACGCAUCCUACGGGCAGCCGUAGCUACUGGCGUCUGGCCAAAGCCGUGCAAUCCAACUUCUGCCAACCCUCGCUGCCACCAUUACGAUGUCCUGACGGAACUUUAGCCCACAAGCCGCAGGAGAAGGUCGAUCUCCUGGCUAAACUCUUUGCGGCUAACUCCCGAAUCGACGACUGCAAUGCACAGCCACCUAUAAUUCCUCACUGUGGCCACACAAUGCCCGAUCUUAAAAUCAGCUAA